UAACAAAAGUGCCAAAUGUUUCGGCCGACGCUCAUCCGCGGCGCGAGCGCCGACUUACCUGACGUGUCCGGCUAUGGUGGCAGGAGUCGCCGCGCCUCCCUCUCGGCCGAGCAACGCCGCAAGCUGUCCAUGAUACGGACGGCCAGCAUCCCGAGCCCGCUGUCGCCUGUGAGUCACAUUUACCAUUUGGUACCCUGCCCAAGAAAAUGCUGUUCACAGAAAUAUGUCGUCAGUACGGACAGGAGUGGAGAUAUACAUGUUCACGUUCAGGGUGACUUGAGCCAGCAGGACAAGCGAUGUGUGUUUCUCACAGUUCACGAUCUUGGAACAAACCACUCGUCCAUGGUGGACUUCGUGGGCAUGCCGGCCAUGACCGAGAUAAAAGAACGCUCCUGUUUCAUACACGUCGACGUCCCGGGACACGAGGAGAACUCGCCCGACCUGCCCGACUCCUACCAGUUUCCUCCCCUCCAAACGCUAGGCGAGGAUCUGAUCACAGUCCUGGACUUCCUUCACGUCCGCUACGCUGUAGGCAUUGGCGAAGGCGCGGGGGCCAACGUGCUCGCUCGCUGCGGCCUCGCGCACCCCCGCCGGCUCUUAGGCCUCAUUCUCGUCAACUGCACGGCGUCGACCUCUUCAGUCGCUGACGCCUUCAGAUCCAGGUUUUCUCGCUGGAAAGGCACGGACAUCUCCCAGUCCGAGGAGGACUUUCUCAUUUACCAUAAGUUUGGACACGUGAGUUUACAGAGUCAGCUGUUUGACUAUGGCUACAAGCAAAUUCAGUGUGACUCCUGUGAAGCGACCGAACGCGAACGAAUGUUACUAGAGUACCGCUCGCGUCUGCGCGGGAACCUCAACACGCACAACAUAAAGCAGUAUGUGCGCGCCUUUAUCAACCGCAAAGACCUGAUCCUCCGCGGCUGCCAACCCGACAUCCUGCUUAUCACGGGGCUGCUCAGUCCUUACGCCAGCGUCGUGGAGAAAAUGUACAAGGAGCUGGACAAGGAUAAGGUCACCAUCCUCAAGGUUGAGAAGGUCGGCGACGUGCUGGCUGAGGCGCCCGCAAAAGUGGCGCAGUCCCUCCUCCUCUUCUGCCAAGGCCAGGGUCUGCUGACCUCCCUCCCCCCACCAGGGGUCGAACGGCGCAUGUCCCGCGCCAUGUCCAUGGAGGAAUACGACAAGCCCAACAUUCGGCGGUUGUCGCUCACGCCGAGCGUGUCCGAUUCUCCGCCACCGAGGAAGUUGUAAGGCAUUGAUUUAUAUUAUAAAGACGGGCCUUACGGGCACUAAGAAUGGUGCUAGUUCAGCGGUGUCACUCACGAAUUAGAGCCAAUCGUGCAGUCUAAGUUAGACUGCAUUAGACUGCAGUUCUAACGCAACUAUGUACAGUCGCCAUCAGAUAUAUCGGACUGGCCAGAGCGCUCAAAAAUAUCUGAAGACGCACUCUAACGCCUUGACAAUGAGGGCUAUCGUUUUUUUGCUCACCAUUUGGCGCCUCUGUUGAUGGUGGUCCAAAAGACUAAAGAACAGCUGUCAGUCAUUGAAGUGACAAGUUAUAUUUGACAUUUCGAACUAUGGAAAAGACCACCAUCUACACUAGCGCCCCUAGCGGCGAAUUCAUACGCGUUAGCCCUCAUAGAGGCGUGUUAAGAUAUUUGUGAGCACCUCGGCCGCUCCGAUAUAUCUGAUGGCGACUGUACCUAUGUAGUUGCGACCAAUCGCGCGCGUGAUGCGAACUCAUCAACCAAUCGCGUUAUGGCGUUAGACUGGGCGAUUGGCGCGAAUUCGUGUGCGUGACACCGCUGUACCAGUACCAACGGUGCCAGCGCCAUUCUUAGUGCCCGUAAGGCCCGUCUUUACGAAGUAAUAUACAAAGGCGUAAGUCAACGUUGUAAGGAUUCUGAUGUUGUAAAAUCUUACCAGCGAUAUCGUCUUCAGUUUAUUGAAAGUUCGUGAACUUGUAUAGUUAUGGCAAUGUUCUUCAAACCUUGGCACUCGCACUAGUGCGUAAAGAGCACUUUUCGUGCAUAUUCUAAAGUUUAAAGGACCAUAUGUACUGUAAAACGUUGUACGAUACACAUGCGAAUAGGUAAUUCGCAACUCGUGUCGAUUUAAAACACUCCCUGCGAUCGUGUUUUAAUUUAUCGCCACUCGUUUCGAAUUUCCUCUUUUCCGCACUUGUAUCGUAAAUAACUAUUACUUUUAACCUUUUCGACGCCAAGUCAAUGAAGUAAUAAUUUCAUCAACGCCAUGUCAAAAAUUGCACGUUAACAAACGGCUCAAACCACGACUUACUCGUAAUAUGAAGUCGCCUGGCGUGUGGGACACGAAAUGUACCUAAGUAUUCUUUAUUGCACCAAUAAUUAUACAUUUUAUAUACAUGUAAAACUACAAAAAAAAAAUUAAGGAAAAUAGAACCAGGCGGUCUUAUCGCCAAAAAGCGAUCUCUUCCAGGCAACCUUACUGACUUUACUUAUGUACUGACUGAAGUUAAUGGCGGCGAAAAGGUUGAAUGAGGCUUUGCCAGCAACACACACGUUCAAAACUCAUGUUUAUGGUAACACUGCAUUUCUUGACCUAACGCCGAUGCGGUCACGGCGAUAAGGUCGCGCAAAAUCUGGUCAGCUUGACCUAACGCCGAUGCGGUCACGGCGAUAAGGUCACGCAAAAUCUGGUCAGCUUGACCUAACGCCGAUGCGGUCACGGCGAUAAGGUCACGCAAAAUCUGGUCAGCUUGACCUAACGCCGAUGCGGUCACGGCGACAAGGUCACGCAAAUACUGGUCAGAAAAAGCAUAAAUGAGUGUUGUAUUCUGCUCCAGUAGAUUCGGCGUCAAGAAAUGCGGUGACACCCGCAAUAGUUGCAUUAUUGUAGCCAGAAUGAGAGAUUAAUUAAUUAUUAAUCACGUAUCUGAUUCGUACAAAUGUGACGUUUUCAAUUAAAAGGUACCACAUUGUCGCUUACCAUAAGGACGAAAUUGGAUUUGAUCUCUAUACGAAUAACCUGUUAUUUUAUAGUAUACAAUUUUGCAUGAUACUUUUAUCUUAUGAAAGCAAAUAAAGAACUGAAACUGAAACUGUUAGAGCGUCCUUAUGGCAAGUCCUUAAAUAUGUAGUCCCGGUAUCAAUAAGUUGGCUUUAUAGUAAACGCCUGUACCUUUUUAUUAGCAAUAUGUGUUGCGUCACUUACACUUUACACUUUUUAGCGGGCGCUUCAAAUUUGCGAAAAUAUUACCUAAAAUGUUAUUAUUUUGUUAUUCGAAUGGAAUUAGAAGUUGAAUGAAUUGUUUUAUAGUAAUUUUUGGUACGAUGGAUGUUAAAAUCCAUUUUACUCAUCAUGUUAUGAUUACGAUGUUAUGCGAUGCGAAACAUAUCGUCAACAUGUUAUUUUAUACGGUUCACAAUUUUUAUAUUUUAAAUAUAUUAAAUUGUUGGUAGCCAAAGAUAAAUAUAGGUUAGUAAUUAUCAAUGUAAUAUAUUUAUUUUAUGUAGUUGUAUGUUAAUAUAAUAUAAUGGCAGUUAUAUGAAUAAGAGGAAACAGAUGUUUUUUCCUUUGUGAGUUAUUAAAAAUGAAAAAAUGUUGAUUAUGCACUGUAUACAAGGUAAAAUUGUACAAAUGUGCCAUUCUCAACCAAAAGGUACCACAUUGUCGCUUGUCAAUAAGGUUAAUUUCAAAUGAAGCUGUAUGGAAAUAGCGCCUUAUUGACAACCGACAAUAAGUACCCUCUUGAUUGAAAAUGGCACAAAUCAUGAAAUAGUGUAGAUAUAUAUUUAUAAAUGUUGCAUCAUAGUCACAAGAUCACUUUUACUAGUAAAGAAAAGAAGUUACCAGGGGCCCGUUUCUCAAAAGCUUGUAACUUGUAAUACAAGCGGAUGUCACUUUUUAACAGCUUUUGUUAUAAAGGGACUUCCACUUGUAUUACAAGUUACAAGCUUUUGAGAAACGGGCCCCAGGGGCCCAUUUCUCGAACGUUAUUAGACUAAUACCGUUCGAGAAAUGAGCCCCUGGUUAACAUAGUAAUUAUUAUUAUACUAAUAUCGCAGUAACUUUUCAAAAACUUGUAGAGUCAAUGUCCUAAAUCCAGUAGACCAGCGGUUCUCAAACGUUUUUGAUGACGGAACCCUUUUGGUAACCAAAUUAUAGUUACCCAUGGACCAUGCACCUACAACACCAGAGGGGUUCCAAGUGCGUUGCCGGCAUUAAAGAUGGAAGUAUACGCUCUUUUCUUGAAGGCCUUUUCUUCUUUUUCCUCACAAAAUAUUUGCAACUAAUAAUGAAACGAAAUCAAAAUGGAUUAAAUGCCUCUAGCAAUUUCGUAAAAUGUACCAGAGCUCUAUUGUUUUAUUUAUGUUAAGGAGAAUCGACACAGUACAGCUUGUUAUAAUGUUACCUAAUAAAUUAUUUUUAGGAAUAUUUUUGUGCAAUUUCAAUGUAUUGUGUAGAUAUUUUAAUAAUAGUAUUUUAUGUAAAUGUGUAUUUUAUGAAAAAAAUAUACGUUAUUUGAAUUUUC